AAGGGGGACAGACAGAGUGACUCUUCUGGCCUCGGUGGUCAUAAUUUACACGACUUAUGCCAUGUAUAAGCUCAGUGACCCUGGAACACGGAUGUCAGCGUCACCACUUUCCAGAUGGGAAGACUCAGGCUGAGAAACUUGAAACACCUGACGUGAGUGCUGGAGCGGGAGUGUUGGAGGGAGAUCUGAAUAGCAGCCCAACUUGAAAGCCUCCAGAGGAAACUGUGGGUCGGCGCAAGGCAGGUGUAGACACUGGAGCCACCUCAGCGCAGGUAGGAAGGAGAGAAGCCAGAACCUGAUCCCUAAAGUGGGGACACAGGCAUGGCAAGGUCAGGGGUCAGGACUCUGGGCUCCGUGACUCAGCCACCCAGACAGCAGACCUUCAACACUGACUGUUAUCACAGCGUCAAAUCUGGGCGGACCCCACCUCCUCCCGGCCCACCUGCUCCCCAAGGAGGGGAGUGCCUCUGACUCCAGGCUGCACGGAGGUGGUCGCUGAGGCCAGUGUGCCAGAACAGGUUGGAAGAUUGAUCGGGGAAACAAAACUGAUCUCUUCACUUAUGGGGAAAACCGCCGGGAGAAGCUUAAAGGACCAGCAGUGUCCCUGAGAAGGAAAAGCCUAGGAUUAAUCCCAACGAGGGAGGCUGAUCCUUGGAAAGGCGAUGUGGCUGACAGCAGUGGGAACGAGUCUUAAGGAAUUUCACUCAGAAAAGCAGAAGCAGCAGAAUUUGGGUCAGACCCAAGAAAAUAAUCCGACAGCCCAUAUUCUGCACGCCUCAGUGGUCGGGAUCGCUCACAGCCGUGCCCACGGUCUGUGCUGCUUCUGUGAGCCCAGCAGCGAAGCGAGAAGCCCUGUGGCAAUGGGAGAGGAGAGGAGGACGGUGCGGGCGCUCCUGCAGUGCAAUCUCAAUGACAAGAUGUGUCUUGUACAGGGGGAGGAGUAUGCAGUGGUCAUUAUCCCAGUUCUGAUGGUCGGUACCUUCCUCAUCCUUCUUGCUGUCAUCCUGUGGCUAUUUAUAAAAGGACAAAGAUCCCAACAGCAGCGUCCUGGACACCGAGCCAUUGCUCCCGUGCCUGCAUCAAGGGGCCUAACCUGGGAAGCAGAAGGACAUGGAGGAAAAGUGGCCAUGCCGCUUACGGAGACAUCAGUGGAAAGCUUUCUACGGACUAUCACGCCUUCCCUAGCUAAGCUACAGGUUCCCCGGGAUCAGGUCUCUGAAGAUCUGGAGCAGAUCCAUAAGGGCAGUUGUGGGACCACCUAUCGAGCCACAGUGAUCUCUGGGGACCCUGCUAAGCCCAAGAGUGUUGUCGUCAAGGCUUUGAAAGAGCCAGCUGGGCUUCAGGAGGUACAGGAUUUCGUGGGGCGAAUCCAGUUUUAUCAGUACCUAGGGAAACACCAGAACCUGGUCCACCUGGAAGGCUGCUGCACAGAAAGGCUGCCAGUCUAUAUGCUGCUGGAAGACGUGGUCCACGGGGACCUGCUCAGCUUUCUCUGGACUUGUCGCCGGGAUGUGAUGACCAUGGAUGGUCUUCUCUAUGAUCUUACGGAAAAACAAGUCUAUCACAUUGGAAAGCAGGUCCUUUUGGCUCUGGAAUUCCUGCAGGAUAAGCAUCUGUUCCACGGGGAUGUGGCGGCCAGAAAUAUCUUGAUCCAAAGUGAUCUGACUGCUAAGCUCUGUGGACUGGGCUUGGCUUAUGAAGUCCACGCGCUAGGGGCCAUCUCCACUGCUCGAGCCGUACCUCUCAAGUGGCUUGCUCCAGAGCGGCUUCUCCUGAGACCUGCGGGCAUCAGGGGAGACAUUAUGUUUGCAGCACAUAAUGACUACGUACAUCAUGGGAGCUGCUGGUCAUUUGGGAUCCUACUCUAUGAGAUGGUGACUCUAGGGGCACCACCAUAUCCUGAAGUCCCUCCUACCAGCAUUCUGCAGUAUCUUCAGAGAGGGAAAAUCAUGACGAGACCCAGUACCUGCACACACACCAUGUAUAACAUCAUGAAAUCCUGUUGGCACUGGAGCGAGGACUCCCGGCCCUUACUCGGAGAGUUGCGCUCACACCUAGAAGCUGCUGCCAGAACCUCAGACGACAAGGCUGUGUUACAAGUGCCAGAGCUGGUGGUGCCCGAGCUGUAUGCGGCUGUGGCUGGCCUCAGCGUAGACAGCCUGUCCUACUGCUAUAGCGUCCUUUGAAGACUGUCAGCUGGGACACAUUUACGGUGAUCAAUUAUGAGAUCAGUUUCUCCAAGAAAAGAAAAUGGACUUUCUGGUGGGACACAAAGGGGGAACAAUGGAUCUUCCCCUGCACAUUUCCCUAGAAAUCUGAAAUGAUGCUGGGUGGGGUGCUACACUUUCCUCACCAGCUGAGAAUACUGUCAGGCUCGGAGCACCGUCCAUUCUGAAGAACCUGGACAGAGGUGAUGUGGAUGUCAUUACAAAGGUGGUCUUGAAAAUCUGCAGUGUUGUGGGGUAGGCUCUUCCCUCCCACCCGUUUAGUUUACUGCUGAAAAAAUCUCUUUUAACUAGACAUAUUAUGAGGUUCAAAUGCACUAGAAUGAAAUGAAGAAUACAAACUCAAAGGAAUUGAUGAGGAAGAAAUUCAAGGUCCUAUUUGCUCAUGAGUAUAGGUAUAGAACAAGAUCUCCUUUAAGGGGAAAUCUGGUUAUGUUGAGGGAACAUAAAGUUAUUCAGUCCUGAUCCCUUUGUGUAGAACUGCAGAACUAUAAAAACUGAGUUUUCUAUUGGGCAUAGAUAAGAUAGUCCCUUUUUAUAAAAUUCUGAGACAGGUGAACCUUGUUUGAUACUACUUUUAUUUUAUUUGUGGAACUUGGAAUUGAA